CCUAUAAGUCGUGCAACUGCAUGCACUUGAAAGAAGGUUUUGUUGGUAUAGGCCAUAAAAGUAUAUCAUUUCGAGUGUAGCGUUGUUUUCAACAAUUAUUUUCCAGUUUUCUUCAGUGUAUUGACAAUAUUUUUUUUUAUUUUUAAGUGUGUUUUAAAUAGGAAAUAUUUGAUGAUGAGAUAAAAUUUCGCUCGUUACUUCUUGGUAUACCAAAAUACAAAGUUUCAGUUAUAAUAAUGGCACCAUUCCAAACAACUGUAAAUAUAAGACAGAGUAAGCUAGAAGAUACCAGUCAUGAUGAUAUAGAUCUAGAAAUUCUACAUUCAGAAGAAACAUGGACCGAAAAUACAACCGUUAUCACAGAAAAUACUUCUGAUAGAUCUACUUUAGAUGAAAAAAUAAAUACUUGGUCAAGUAAAAAAAAUUCUAAACGUCCAUUUCAAAACUGCAUUAGUAACAUGAUUACGAUGGCCAUUUUGAUAGUGUCACUAAUCAGCCCAGUUAUCAUGAUAAUUUGGCCUAAGUUCAAUUAUAUUCCAGAAAAUUUGUCGAUAUUGACAACACAGCAAAAAAUAUCAUACUCUUCAUGUAAUUUGGAGUGUAAAGGUCAUUUAAUAAGCUUAAUAUUCAAGAUAUUUUUGUUAUUUAUUGGAAGUUAUAUUGUUAUUGGUAAAAAAAAUGAAGCAUUUACUCCUCGUUUCUCAAUUUUCAAGACGGGAACAAUUCUGGUUACACUAUUAUGUACAUGCUCCUUCUGGUUAUUUUACAUCGUACAGAUUACAGAUGCAGCGAAAAAUGCAAUAACUGGUGAAAUUGCCGAGUAUAAGAUAUUGGUUAAAUAUGCUGGAAAUUUUGUUGAUACACUCAUGUUGAUUCAAUUAGUUGCAGUUCUCUCAAAUGAAAUAAUAUAUUUGAAACCAAAAUUCUACCUCAAAGUAAUCAGAAGCCCUGAUGGAGUAUCAAAAUCUUAUGCUAUUGGCCAAUUAUCAAUACAAAGAGCUGCCGUUUGGAUUUUAGAAAAAUAUUACACAGAAUUUCCGGUCUAUAAUCCAUAUUUAGAACGUUUGCCUGUCUCGAGAUCUUCAAAAAAACACGUUUCAAGUAAUUUUAAAUUUUACAAUGUUGAUGAACAUAAUGAUAAUUCAACUGAUCGUUGUAAUAGAAACACAAUUAAAAAUGAUUUCUCGUCGCUUUGUUCACAAUCUCGUAAACGAGAUUCAAGUCAUAACGAACGUUUCUAUGAUGAAAAUGAAUACGAAAAAAGAGUUCGAAAGCGGAGAGCAAGAUUAAUUUCGGCAGCUGAAGAAGCGUUUGCACACAUUCAGAGAAUAAAUUCUGAUGCAGAACUGAUAGAUACAAAUUUACUUACUCCGAUGGAAGCAGCACAAUCUGUUUUUCCUUCAAUGGCUAGACCAUUACAAAAAUAUUUGAGAAUUACACGUCAACAACCACGGCAUACCGUGGAUGCCAUUUUAGAGCGACUAGCUAAAUGUUUGGCUCAAGACGCUACGCCUCGAGCUUUUUUGGAGCAUUUUCUCGUAACUGCUCCGGUACUGUCUAAUGAAAAGGAGAAACUAUCAAAAUAUCAACAUUGGGCUCUUGUAUGUGAAGGGGAGCUGCCAUCCAGAUCUCUAACGAAUGGAUGUGAAUUUCAAUUGAGACAAGGAGAUAUUGCUCUUCUUUGUACAGUUUAUCAAUUACCUCGUUUAUUUAUAACAGAAAAAAUGGCUCUUCCAAUUUCAAAUAAGUUUUUACUGAAACUAAAUACGGAAACUCCAAUUUGAAAGUCAUCUAUCAAUAAUAAUUAAAAUAUAUUGAUAUUUGAUUGAUAUAUUUGAUACAUAGAACUAAGCGAGAAUUUUUUAUUUUUUUUUAAUUAUGAUAAAUUUAAUUAUAAAAAAUGAGGUACAGUACUUGAAAUAAAUAUAGUAUUAAGGGCAUAAAUCGUUAGUGCUCAGGUAAAUUUUUUUCUACGGGUAAUUGUGGUGAAAUAGUAGAUUAUGUACCUUGGAAGCGAAACACUGGAAAGCCUGUAAACAUGUAUAAUUAUCAAGGCUAAUAAAUAUGUAGUAUAAGUUUUUUUUUAUUAGUAAUAGUAAUCAAAGUUAUUCUGUUAGCAUAGAAUUAUAAUACCCCUCAACCUGGACUCUAGCAUUCAUUUUCACUAUUUUUAUGUGUUUUUUAUGUGUAAAA